AUGGCCACAGAAAGCGCCUCUCCGCGAGCUGCGCCUCCUCCGCAUUCCGCCCCUCUCCUCCCCGACUCUCCCAUCAACGACGCCGCUUCUCCCGCCGCCGACACCGCCGUCACCAUCUCCUACCAAAUGCGCUACUCCGAAGAGUCCUCGCCGGAUCGCGUGUCUGCCUCGGGUUCUUCCUCGUCGUCGUCCUGCUCAUCAUCAACCGAGUCAGAAUCCGAUCAAGUUGAGAUCGACUGCGGUUCGAUAGACGAAUCCGAAGAGGGGGUGCUCAAGAAACCACUCUACUCCAGGACCAUGGAGCUCAGCUUUCGCCACGUGUCGUACACCGUCUCUACGCGCAGCAAGCGCGGGAGCGACGCCGGGGCUGGUGGGAGUGCUGCCGCCAGCAGCCGAAGCGUUUCCCAAAGCGGAAGUGGCGGGAGGUGCGGGAGCAACGGGAGUAGCAUUAGCCGAGCGAGCAGCAGAAUGAGCUCCGUUUCUCGGCAGCUGGCGAUGAAGAAGCAUUAUAGCCGUACGAUUCUCGCCGAUAUCAACGGCUCCGCGAGAUCCGGCGAGGUCACGGCCAUCAUGGGCGCGAGCGGGUCGGGCAAGACGACGCUCCUUAACAUCCUCGCGCACCGCAUUGCGAAGGAGCGGCGGUCGGGCUCGGUGGAGCUGGACGGCGCCGUGGUUCGCGGGAGUACAAUGCGGCGCAUGUCGGCGUACGUGAUGCAAGACGACCUCAUGUUCCCCGCGCUGACGGUGCGCGAGACGCUCAUGUUCGCGGCGGAGUUGCGCCUCGCGGCGAACGGAGUGACGAAGGAGGAGAAGGAGCGAAAGGUGGAGAGCCUAUUGGAGCUGCUUGGGCUCACCAAGGUGGCCGAUUCGCUCAUCGGGAACGAAAGCCAACGCGGCGUGUCCGGCGGUGAGCGCAAGCGCGUCGCGAUCGGAGUGGAGAUGGUGAGCGAUCCGCGGAUCCUCUUCCUCGACGAGCCCACGUCCGGUCUAGACUCCACCAGCGCGUACCGCGUCGUGCGGGCGAUUAAAGACAUAGCCGUGCAAACCGGCAGCAUCGCCAUUAUGGUCCUGCAUCAGCCUAGUUUCCGCGUGCUGUCUUUAAUCGACCGUCUGCUGCUCCUCGCGUCGGGGCAUACUAUUUUCCACGGGCCGCCUCCCCAGCUUCCCACGUUCCUCGCGUCGUUCGGCUGUCCCGUGCCGCAGUUCGCUAACAGCACAGAGUUCGCCCUAGAUCUAAUCGAGGAUUAUCAGCGGUCGGAGCGUGGGGUCGCGGAUCUUGUCGCAUACGCCGCAUCGUACCAGCAGUUGUCGCACAUGUCGCAGGACACCCUUCAGUCGUCACUCACGAAAACCAGCGUCGCAGAGAACGUCGCCGCUCUUCCUGCCCCUCAUUCCUCUGUGGAGUCGAAAUCCUGCCGCGCUGAUACCGCCGAUGGCGCUGUCGCCGUGCAGAUCGACAGCUGCGCAAAUCCCGCCGUCGAUGCCGCCGUAGUUGCCGCCGCAUCCGCCGCCGCGAUCACCGCGCAGAAGUCCAUAAUCGGGGAGAAAGUGGAUGACAAGGGCGCGAUGGCGGACACUCGGCGGUACGCAAAUGGGUGGAUGGGCGAACUGAUGGUACUGACGAAACGCGCGGCUUUGAAUCUGUGGCGCACGCCGGCUCUCUACCUCCUGCGCCUCGCGCUGGUGGCGGUGACGGGCGUCAUGCUCGCGACGCUCUAUUUCAACCCAGACGAGAGCUUGUCGGGUUUCCAGGAGCGGCUGGCGUUUUUCUCCUUCUCCAUCUGCGUGCUCUUCUUCUGCUGCCUGGACGCCGUGCCCAUCUUCAUCGAGGAGCGAAACAUCUUCAUCCGCGAAACCACGCGCAACGCGUACCGCCCCUCCACGUACCUCGUCGCGACCACGCUCGUGUACCUGCCGCUGCAGCUCGCCAUGGCGUCGAUCUUCGUGCUCGAGAACUGGUGGGCGAUCAACCUCACUGGCGGCGCUGCGGGAUUCUUCUUCAUGCUGCUGACGUGCUUCCUUAUCCUCUUCUCGGCCAGCUCAUUCGCCAUCGCUAUCAGCGUCGUUGUCGACCAGUAA